AUGCUGGGGCCACCGGGAGCGGGGCUGCUCAGGAGGGAAGCCAGUCAACAAAAAGCCCCACCAGUUUUGAAGCAGAGCAAGAAGAGCCUUCACAGAGGAGAGGCUCCACGUCGGUCUCCAGCUUCUGCCUCCAGCAACAGGACCAACAGCAAACUUGAGCUGGAAGUCCCAUCCCUGGAGGGCCGGUUUUCUACUAAAGCAGAACACUGUGGCGAGGACGCGCCCGCCUCGGCCAGGGCUGCAGUUCAGGCUGGCGGUCAGCGGGACGGGGGAAUGCCCGCGGCCUCGGACGUCCCAGGGCAUCGGGCGGCCCCCCCCCUGCAAGAGGCUGCUGGGGGGACGCGUGCGUCCGGGGCGCCCGGCCCCGCGCCGGAGCCCCGAGCGCCUGCUCCCGCUCCACGCUCCCGACCAGCCCGAUGGGGGAAGCCGAAGACUCCCCGGCGGCCGCCGCCAGCCCCCUUCAGGAUCGAUGCCCGGCAGCCAAAACGGGCGGGGGCUAGCCCCGACGGCGGGAGUUGA